CGUUAAAUACCUGGUCAUUUUUUCCUCCAAGCGUAGUUUGAGCGGCGUCGUUAAGUUAGCAAGAAAGCGGAACUAGCCAGCUAGCUGGAGUUAGCUAGGUUGACGAGUUGCCCCGCUCCGUUUCCUUUUCCUAACCAGGAUACAUGAGAACAACCGCAACAUUUUCUAAACAUGCCGCAGAAUAUUGAGCUCGGAGCCACAGGCAGAGCCGCUAAGCAGGACAGCACCAACAUGGAUGAGAUGAGCGUGGAACAAAUGGCUGUCAAAGCCAACCAUCUGACUGAUGAGUCUCUGGAAAGCACAAGGAGGAUGCUGCAGAUGGCAGAGGAGAGCCAACAGACAGGAGUCAAAACCAUGGAGAUGCUUGACCACCAAGCAGGUCAACUAAGGGAUGUGGACCGAGGCAUGGACCAGAUCAACCAGGACAUGAAGACGGCUGAGAAAAACCUGACGGACCUGUCCAGGUGCUGCGGCCUCUGCGUCUGCCCCUGCGACAGGGUGUCAUCCAUCGAGAAUGACUCUCGUUACAAACGCACGUGGGGCGAGGGCGAAGGUGACGGCAAAGGCUCCAAUGUCGUCUCGAGGCAGCCUUCAGGCGUUCGCAAUGGCCAGACCACCCAGACGAGCGCCGCGGCGCCGUCCGGCCCCUACAUCAACAGGGUAACUAACGACGCGCGGGAGGAUGAAAUGGAGGAGAACCUCCAGGCAGUCGGCGGCAUCAUUGGCAACCUGAAGGACAUGGCUCUAAAUAUGGGCAACGAGAUCGACCAGCAGAACGCUCACCUCGAUCGCAUCAACAACAAGGCGGACAUGAACAAACUCCGCAUCGACGAAGCAAACGCAAGAGCCAACAAGCUCAUCAAAUAGACGAGGAAACCUUCUGCUCGCCUCAGACGUCCACUUUGAGCCCGUUCUGCAACACACAGGAAACACGUCUGCACAAACACACACUCACUUACUGAGAUGGAAAUGUAAAAAACAAUUUAGAUCAUGAAGACUUUUCGCCAGGGUGUCUUUGACGGCGUCUGCCGCGCUGUAAGUAGUCAUGCCGGACUGUCUGGAGCGGUGAGGGAAUCAGAAGCUGAGCCAAAGAGGAAGCGACUGACCGAGCGCCACUGCUGUCUGAUACCAAAUAUGAUCCCAACAUGGCAGCAGAACACUCACCAUAAGUAAAACGAGCUCCGGUCAGCUGGUUUCUCUCUUCCUCAGAUUUCCGGUGUGUGUUGUGACGUCCGAGGUCACUUAUCCACAUCUAGAGGCCGUAGUUAAAUCUAAAAUGGAAAAUUCUCAAAUCCUAGGUUCAUUAUUAUUAAUAAUAUAGUUAUUAUUGUGUAACGAAGCUCAUUGUCACGUGUUGUUGUGAUCUGAUUAUGCCUAAUUUAAUUAUCCGUCAAGCAGAAAUGAAGUGAGAAUAAAUGUGUUUUCGACUAUUUGUUCCCAUGUUUUUGCCAUUUCUGAUCUACAGGUGCAUCCCAAGAAAUUAGACAUGGAAUAUCAUUCAGGACUUUAAUUCAAAAAGUGAAACUCUUACAUUGUAUUAACUCAAAACACACAGUGUGGUAUAUUUCAUUAAAAAAACAAAAAUCUAUCCACCUAAUAAAAGGAUUUUUUUUAAUGCAGAUAAAAUAUGUUCAAGGAUUGAGUAGUAUAUGAACAGUCAUCAAAAUUGAAAUACAUAACUCUACGCCUAAUAAUGAGCUUCACUUCUUGAUUUGAAUUGGAAAAAGUUCAAAUCAAGAAUGAAUGAUUUUUAAUGAUAUAUUUCUUGGAGAUUCGCCUGUAAAUCCUGUUUCAAAAUCUUUAUAAAUCCAGAAUUGGCCUUUUUGGAGUGAAUCAGGACAAAUCUCUUCAUGCUGGAAUUAACUAAAAGCUUCCCCAUUAAUUUCUCACAUUUUGAUCCUUCAGACUUGUAUAAAUAUAAUAAUUUCCUAUCGUAAGAAUUCAUACCUACCAAUCCUUCAUUAAUUUAUUAGCUCCUAAAGCAAAUAUCAACACUGAAUUUGGGAAUAGAUUUCAAGGCUUAACCAUUAAAACAUCAGCGGUGUUUCCUUUAUCUUUAGGUUUUUUUUGUUGUUUUUUUUUUAGGUCUUUCUCUCUGAUAGCAGUGUUGAUGUAAAUAUGAAAUAUUCUCUAACUGUGUAGUCAUUCUCUCAACCUGACUGCAUUUAUUAUUUUUUAUGAUGGUUUAAUAAAGAUUUAUUGCUCCCAAUUGGAGACUGAGCUCCUUCACAAAUCAGGUGAUGUGCAGAAAAUUCACUUCCUCAUACUCUGGAAUUGCACAGUCUGUAAACGUAUAAAAACAAAUGUUCAGUCUUCAAACACAUUUGUAAUAUAUAUAUUUUUUUUUCUGCAUUUUGUUUAAUAUGUCACUCGGGCAUUGUUUUAUUUUUGUUUUUUUUGUGGUUUUCUGGGCGUAUGAUGCAGCUUUGAGAAGUUCAGAUUCAACAAGCUUUGUUUUUUUUUGUUUUUUUUGAUAGUGAUAUGUGAUCUUCCCCAUAUAAAUUACAAUUACUGUGUUGUAGCAGUCAUUGUAUCACCUGCUGCAUCCGCUCGGUCUGUUUAAACCGCGCAGCCGCUGUGAGCGUUAUUACAUCCGACAAUAAAACAUUAUCUCAGUUUAUUUUGUCAGAGCGGCCAGGCUGAGGAAUUGCAGCAGGAUGCAGAAAACAUACACAGUAUGUAAAUGAGCUGAUUAAUGUUGACGCCGGAUGUAUCCGGUGGGGCUCUUGCCACGGUCUCUGAGGCUACAGAGCGCCUAACGAUAAGUAAUAGUGCGCGCUGAACUCGUCCCCCAUCAGCAUCUCCUGGCUUAUUUGUUCUGGGAAAAAAAACAAUUGUCUGCCUGCUUGGCUGCAGGCGUAUUGAGUUUGUAAAGAUUGACAUAAGCUGUUGUUCGGUGCUCUAAGUGAUCAUCAUCAGCUUGUUACCGGUGACUUGAGAUCUAAUUAGUCUGAAAGCUGCCCGCCAGCAAGUCGGCUCUUCGUGUCACCAACAGCCACCAGCAUGUAAAUGCGACGCAUUGGUCUGUUUUUAGUUUGUUCAUAUUCAGCGCGACUUCACAGAAACUGGCUUGUUUUGAACUCAUUGCAGUUGUUUCACAUCUGUCUCUAUCACUUUGUUUAUACUCAAUAAACUACACUCUGAAGUUUG